AUGCACUCAAAAGCUCGCCCUUGCGAUGCUGAGGGUGUGUUCCUUCCACCAGGAACACCACCUCCACCACUCACAGAAAAGACACCAGACGACUGGACUCCCUACAAGAGCCGUGUCGAGUUUGAGCUUGCCGACUACCUAUUUACAAAGAACCAAACUCCCGCACAUUCUAUCGACCACCUCCUGAACAUUUGGGCAGCUUCCUUAAUCCAAGCCGGGAGCAAGGCCACCCUAUUUCCAGAUCAUCGCGAUGUCUACAGGACGAUUGACAAUACUCCCCUUGGCGAUGUUAAGUGGCAAUCUUUUUCGGUCAAGUAUACAGGCGCAAUUCCAGAUGAAGGUGCCCCACCCUGGAUGGCAGAUUCUCAUGAUGUCUGGUUUCGUGAUCCCCGCGAUGUUGUUCGAAAUAUGCUUGCUAACCCAGACUUCGCUGCGGAGAUGGAUCUCCAACCUUACCGUGAGUUCGCAACAGAGAACAAUGAACGCCAAUGGCAGGACUUCAUGUCUGGAGAUUGGGGCUGGGCUCAAGCAGACAUCAUAUCUAAGGAUGCUGACACACAUGGCUCAACCUUUGUGCCGGUUAUUCUUGGAAGUGACAAAACUACCGUUUCAGUUGCCACGGGACAAAAUGACUACUACCCACUCUACGCUUCUAUCGGCAACGUUCGGAAUAAUGUGCGUCGUGCUCAUCGAAAUGCUGUUGCAGUUGUAGCCUUCCUCGCAAUGCCCAAAACAACCAAAGAGCAUGCUGAUACACCAGGCUUUCGAAAUUUCCGACGCCAACUUUUCCAUUCUUCACUCUCGUUCAUCCUCAAGAACCUCAAACCCGCUAUGACAAAACCUGAAGUUGCACGCUUCGGAGAUGGCCAUUAUCGGCGUGUGGUCUAUGGACUUGGGCCCUACAUUGCAGACUAUGAAGAACAGGUGCUGCUCGCCUGUAUAUUACGAAAUUGGUGCGCCAAGUGUCUUUCACCUCGUGGAAACCUUGAUGCGAUCAAUCGCAAUCGCACAAGAGCUCACGCAGAUGCGCUAAUUGAAGAGUAUGAUUCUGGAACCCUGCGGUUUGAGUACGGUUUAGUUGGCGAGCUUGUGCCAUUUACCAACGAUUUCCCCCGUGCUGAUAUCCAUGAGCUACUUGCGCCUGACCUUCUCCAUCAACUCAUCAAGGGGGCAUACAAAGAUCAUUUGGUCGACUGGGUAGAGAAAUACCUCCUGCAGACGCACGGAAAGAGGCAAGCCAACAUCAUCUUGGAUGAUAUUGACCGAAGGAUUGCGGCAGUUCCUCCAUUUCCUGGACUGCGUAGAUUUCCUCAAGGACGCCACUUCAAACAGUGGACUGGUGACGACUCAAAGGCGCUUAUGAAGGUUUACUUGCCUGCAAUUGAAGGCUAUGUCCCAACAGAUGUUGUGCGUGCGUUCCGCGCAUUACUUGAAUUCUGUUACCUCGUCCGCCGCAAUAUCAUCACUGAGAAGUCCCUCGUCGAAAUUCAAGAUGCGCUCACUCGUUUUCACACAUAUCGUGAGGUUUUCAGGACCACUGGAGUGGUCCCCACCUUCUCGCUUCCCCGACAGCACUCGAUGACUCACUAUGUCUCCCUGAUUCGACUAUUUGGUGCUCCGAAUGGCCUGUGCUCCUCAAUCACGGAGUCGAAACACAUCAAGGCUGUCAAAGAGCCAUGGAGACGUUCCAGUCGGUACAAGGCACUAGGCCAGAUGCUGCUAACUAAUCAGCGUCUGGACAAGUUAGCGGCAUCACGUGUGGAUUUCCGUAUUCGCGGGAUGCUCUCAGGUACAUGCUUAUCCUCUGUUCUCGCAUCGCUUGAACCCAGCGCAGCGCGAAGUGCCAGUGUGCCUGACGCUGAUGUCGUUGCGGACUCUGAGGACAUUGAUGCACCGACUUCUGUCCUUGCACACGUAGAACUCAGGAGAAAGCGGGCACAAAGUGUUCCUGCGCUAGCCAGCGAGCUUCACAUCCCACACUUGGUUGAUCUUGUCCGACAAUUCCUCACCGAACAAUUGUAUCCGGACAAGGAACUCGCUGAAGUGCCUGUGAGCAUCAUGGACUGCCCUCAUUUUGAUGGGAGGAUACGUGUUUUCAAUUCCGCGGUAUCAACAUUCUUUGCACCGAGUGACUUGAGCGGGAUUGGUGGGAUGAAACACGAGUACAUUCGUGUGUCCCCCAAAUGGAGAAAUGGACAUCCACGCAAAGAUUGUGUGUUCGUCAUUACUGACCCAAAUGCUCACGGAAUGCGGGGCAUGGAUAUCGCUCAGGUACUCACGUUUUUUUCCUUUCGACUUAGGGGUGUAUACUAUCCAUGCGCUAUUGUCCGCUGGUUCAACCGAGUUGGCGAUGCACCCGACGACGACACCGGAAUGUGGAUGGUGAAGUCUUCUUCCACUGGUGAUCAUGCGUUUGCAGUGAUCCAUGUGGAUACCAUCUUCCGUUCUGCCCAUCUCAUUCCUGUCUAUGGUACUGAUCCGCUUCCCUCCGUGAUUAAACCCCACCAUGUCCUCGAGAUCUUCACCCUCUUCUAUGUCAACAAAUAUGCUGACCAUCACGCCUUCGAGAUAGCGUGUUAG